CUCUCUCUUUUUCUCACUCUUUUUUUUUUCUGUUUUUUUUUUACAUAUAUUUACAUUAUGGAUACCAUUACUACUGAAUUUGAACAUAAAGUAGAAACAACUCAAACUACUGAAGUUCAAUCACCUUCUGAACCCAUUCCUACUCCUCGUAAGACCGAAGAAGUACCUAAAGUGACCAACCCUGUUCCUACCCAAACUAACGGUCUUGCCAAGAAUACCUUGUAUCAAUCACCCAAUAUCAAGUUUGAAGACGAUCCUGCAGCAUAUAUCAAGGCACGUAUUUCAUCUCUCAUUUAUUGGGAACAUCCUCGACGUAGUGCUACUUAUCUUGGUGUCUCCCUUAGUGUAUUGAUUUUGACUCAAUAUUACUCCUUGUUACAAAUCUUGGCUUGUUUCUUUACUCUUGCUACCGGUGCCAAUUGGAUUUAUGUCAAUACUCACAAACAAACUCAAAGGAUUAUUGCUGGAAAAUCAGGUGAAGAUAUCAAGAAUCCUCACAGUGAACGACUUCGAACCAAAGGCGCGAUGAUUUCUCGUGACCGUGUGACGUAUGCAGCUCAACUAUCAGUGGAUGUAUUUGAAGUGAUUGCACAACAAGUGACAAGAUUGAUUUUGAUUGAAGACAAUACGCAAUCCGCUGUGGCAAUAGCUGCUUCUUUCUCUAUUUGGACUUUGGCCAAGCAUAUUUCCACCAAAUACCUUGUUGGCUUCUUUUUGGUUAGUGCCUUCACCUUCCCUCGCUUAUACCUUCAACAUCAAGAAGUCAUCGAUGCUCAUGUAGCUCAACAUAGUGAAAAGGCUCGUAUUUUGGCAAGACAAUAUGGUGGUGUUGCUUCUACUAAGGCUCAAGAAUUGUAUGAUCAAGCAUGGGCGGCUAUCAAGAAACAACCCAAGUCUCAAAAGGCCGAAUAAGGUAUCUCCUUUUUUUUUUUAUUUACAAUUAGUUUGUGUGUGUAUAUGUGUCUUUAGUUAGUAUGCUCGUAGUUGAUUAUAUACUUUUUAUAUAUUGCAUCCCUCCUUUUUUUUUUUUUCUUUCUUUCUUUUCUCCCUUCUUCCCACACGAACACAAUUCAUCCUUUUAGUUAGCAAUAUUAUAUAUAUAUCUUCGUGCUCAAAUAAAAAUGACUUUUUUUUUCCAGAUUUUCAUGUGACAGUGAAGGAUAAUGUGGGUAUGUUUGUUAUGGUAGUUACUAAACUCUAAAACAAAAAUAAAAGGUAAGGGCAUCAUCGUUUGUAAACAAUAUUUCUC